CCUCCAGGGAAAAUGCCAUAUAAUAAGAAGACUGCUGGAAAAAGAGCCCCUGCAAAAAGGAAACUUGCUGAAGUGUUUGCCCUGGGGGAGGUUCUAGCAGAUACAUCAAGAAAAGAAUGGAAAUUAGGUGUCCCUGUAGGGCAAGGAGGCUUUGGGCGCCUAUACCUUGCUGAUGUUAAUUCUUCAAAGUCAGUUGGCAGUGAUGCACCUUAUGUUGCAAAAGUGGAACCCAGCCAGAAUGGACCUCUUUUUACUGAGUUAAAGUUCUACAUGCGAGCUGCUAAGCCAGAUGAAAUUCAGAAGUGGACUAAGUCCCAUAAACUGAAAUAUUUAGGUGUACCAAGAUAUUGGGGUUCUGGCUUGCAUGAAAAAAAUGGAAACAGUUAUCGAUUUAUGAUAAUGGACCGAUUUGGCAGAGAUCUUCAGAAGAUGUAUGAAGAGAAUGCAAAGCAAUUUUCCCAUAAAACUGUACUACAAUUAGGCCUGAGAAUACUUGAUAUUCUGGAAUACGUCCAUGAGCAUGAAUAUGUGCAUGGAGACAUCAAGGCUUCAAACCUUCUUGUGAGUUACAAGAACCCUAAUCAGGUUUACUUGGUGGAUUAUGGACUGGCCUACCGAUACUGUCCUGAUGGAGUUCACAAAGUGUAUAAAGAAGAUCCUAAAAGGUGUCAUGAUGGAACUAUUGAAUAUACCAGUAUUGAUGCACACAAGGGUGUGGCGCCAUCGAGACGUGGUGAUCUGGAGAUCUUGGGUUACUGUAUGAUUCAUUGGCUUAGUGGCCAUCUACCGUGGGAGGAUAAUUUGAAAGAUCCAAAUUUUGUCAGAGACUCAAAAAUCAGAUGUAGAGAUAAUAUUUCAGUUUUGAUGGACAAAUGCUUUCCUGGGAGAAAUAAACCAGAUGAAAUAGCCAAAUAUAUGGAAAAGGUGAAGCUACUGAGCUAUGAAGAGAAACCUGUUUAUCAGCAUUUCCGAGAAAUACUUCUGCAAGGUCUUAAGGCCAUUGGGCAAAAAGAUGAUGGAGUACUUGACUUUGGCUUGUCAGAGAAUGGAGGCUUGCAAACACAUCUCGUGCAAAAGAAAAAAAGAAAGGCAGCAGCUGCAACCAAUGAGAGCACUGAAGCAGAAAUGGAAGAUACAGGAAGUCCAGAAAAAAAGAAACCUACUUCUUCUAGUAAGUCGAAAGAUCGUUCUCACAGUCACAGGUACUGGUGUGGUAGGUUAACCCUGGCUAAGGGCCAAACUCCCACCCAGCCAGUCACUCCCCUCCUCAGUGGGACAGAAGGAUGA